AUGUUGUCGGGCUUCUGGACAUCUCCAUUGGCCAAUCGACAUGAGGUGGAUGUUGUUCGAGCGGAUCGAACUGGUGAAGGCUUAUCGUCCAUGGCGGUUGAUGGGCUUGUACCCAUCGGAGAUGUCCGCUGCAUGGAGUUGGGUUGUAAAGAAUCUGAGGUUGCCCAUGAAAGAUUGUUUGGGACCACCGGUCUGCGAGAGACGGAGGAUGGACUGGAUCCAGAUGUCCCACUGUUUGGUCCAACAUGUAAGGAGGGAGGUUGCAUAUGGUUUGGUCUACCUGAGUAG